AAACACAAAUAGUUAUUCUCUGUAAUCGUGGAGUAGGUCUCAAGCAAUCUCGUCUUCCCUCUAAAGGGAUUUAAGAACAAAUCAAUGGAAAUUCAAAAACAAGAUAACCGGGAUGGGCGACCCAAAUCUUUUCUCUUUUUCAUGUUCAUCUUUCUCUUUGGUCUCGCGGCGUUCUUCCUAUGCCUUUCGGCCGAGUUUCAAAAGGCUAAGAGCUCAGGUUUUCUUAAAGGGGAAAGAUCUGAAAUGGGAUGGAGAAUCGUGUUAUUUACCAGAAAAUCGUGCUUUCGGGCUAGGAAUUGCUGCUUUGGUCUGUGUUUCCGUUGCUCAGAUCGUCGGAAACGUUGUGAUCUGUAGAGGUUUCACGAAAACGGACAAAACCAGAACGACUAUAUUUUGUAUAAUUCUUCUGUUGUUUUCUUGGGUUAAUUUUGCCGUUGCGGUUACGUUGAUAAGCGUUGGUGCAAGCAUGAAUAGAGAGCAGAUAUACGGCAAAGGGUGGCUAAACCGUGAGUGUUACCUUGUGAAAGACGGUGUGUUCGCAGCGUCUGGCUUUCUCUCCGUUACGACGAUGGCCGCUAUUCUCGGAGCGUUUGCGUUUAAAGUCAAACCAUCAUUACAGGUUCUAAAGUUGAAAAUCCGCGUUUAGAAAUAAACAGCGUUUUCAGUUUUGAGGCCUGCUGAAACGUGUUUGGCGAGGAUAGUGAGAUGAAGAGAGAUUGAUGGUGAUAGUGUUGCUAGUUGAUGGAGAUUGUUCAUCAAAGUAAUUCUCAGAAAACUGAUUAAAGGUAAAAACGACGUCACGCCAAACUCUUCGUGUUUAAGAAACAACAUCGUUAGUUAGGCCAAAUCCAUUUCAGCGUAAUGUAGAAACAUGUUCAAGCUAUAAGCAACCUAGCUAUAGUACAUUAACCAGUUUGUCCAUUAAAAAAAGCUAUAGUACAACCAGUAUAUGAUAACAAAGCCACAAUAUUUAAUCAAGCAAGUAAUGUUUCUUGAGCCAUACGCAACCUAGAUAUAGUACACCCAGUCAUUCAUUAUGCAUUUCAGCGAUUUGGUUUGCUCACACGAUACAUUCAAUAAUUAUUGUCAUUCAUUAUGCAUUGGUGAUUAAUUACCCGAAAGUUGAUGAGAGAAAAUGAGCAAAGGAACCUUAAACAUACCGAGAUCGAACCAACUAUUAGAGAUAAGUAUUUCACAAAAUAAAAUGAUUCUACGAUAAAACUUGCCAAACUACAUGAUAUUUACCCGUAGAUGGAUCAAACGAGAGUUUUGUUUUCUUUUUUCUUUUGUUAACAUGCCAAAAUUCGAUCGGGUCUAAAGUUUUCAUGUACAUUCCCGAAAUGGACCACAAAAGAGUGCAAAAAUGUUAAUGAGCCCAAACUAUUGGUCUCCAUAUAAUGUCUUGAUAAUGUCAAGAGUCACCUAAAAUAACACAUACAUAAGAGUCA